AUGCUGUGGUAUCUGCUUUACCCAAUCAGAGGCGGACUGCCUCAUCAUGUCUGGGCUUCAACAAGAGCAUUUCCUGGCGAUGCCGAUACGCCUCACGACCUUGAGAUGCGUCAAAUAUGGAUCCAUGGGAGCUACAUGAAAGCACUGGACAAAGACCUACUUCGGGAUGUCUUCGUGCUGCAGAACGCCAUAUUUGGUGAAACCUCCGAGGCUGUUGUCCCUAGCACACAUGGAGGCGCACACCCGAAUUGGGGGUAUCACUCACCACUCACAUAUUGGAAUAACUCUCUGGCUCGGUUGGAGGCAGAUCCGGACAUCUUACUGACAGUCAACGAGAACACCUGUCAGCCCUCGUUCCUGAACUUCACCCUCCGGCCCCUGUCUGUGUUUGCAGGCAAAGCCUUCUCUGGCUCACAACUCGAAGCAGCGGAUGCAUUGGUCAUCUCCCUAUUUAACCGUGCAAACGACCCAAAGGGUGAGAUCUGGCAAAGAAACAUCAACAUUGUUGCUGGUCAAUCUUCUGGUCUACCCAUACAGUACGAGCGGAACGGGACACCCGAACACAGCCAGUUAUUCGAGUAUCGCAUCCAACCGCUCAGCUUCCGCCAAAACUCGCUUCUGGCCAUGGCAUAUGGCAUCAUAUUUAUCUAUGUUGGCUUGAGUUUAAGAAGGUUGAAAGCUUUCCACAGUCGCUUUGGUCUGGUUGUUACUGCGAUCACACAGAUGACGACCUCUAUUCUGGCGAGCUUCACCAUCUGUGGACUGCUGCAAAUCAAUCUUGCUCAGAUUCCUCAGGAAGCAUAUCCUUUUGUGGUACUGGUCAUUGGACUCGAGAAUAUCUUCAGACUCAUCAACGCCGUUGUGGCGUAUCCUCCGGAGAUGAUGAACACACAGCGGAUUGCCAACGGAAUGGCCGACAUUGGCCACUCUUCGUUAGCUUCGGCGGCACAAAAUUUGCUCAUCCUAUGGUUGCUCUCUCUAGUCGUAUCUCCAGGCGUAGCGGCGUUCUGUGCUUUCGCUGCCGUAGCACUUCUGUUCGACUACUUCUUCCUCCUUACAUUCUUCCUGGCUGUAUUGAGUGUCGACAUCAGAAGACUGGAGUUGCAGGAUUCGAUCACUAGAAGCAGUACUCAACCGAAGCAAAAGCCAAGACCGAAACAUCAUCGCACUCAUAGUCACCAUCAUGCUCAUCGACACGAGAAGCACACAUGGAUCGAUGCUCUAAUUCACGGCAGAGUGCCUUUCUCUACACGCAUGGCAGGAUCCGCAGUAACGAUCAGCUUUGUCAUGGCGUUGAACUGGCAUCUCACUGCCCAUGGUCCACGAACUUCUGCUUCUGGUGUAUUCCCAGGACUCUUCGAGAAGCAAGCGUUGCCGAUCACCGCAUUUGAUGGAACAUCACCACCCCCUACGAAUCAAAGCCGACAUCCUGCGACCUGGCUCCGCACACAGGAUUAUGAGAACGCCGUGCACUUUAUGAAAGUUGUCAGGCCUGGAGGUCAAGGAUUUGUUGCCAAGAUUUAUGACCCACUGAUCAUUACCCUUGGAGGCGCUGAUAGAAGCGGCAUCCUUCUUCGCAAGGAGACAUGGCUGCAUUCUCUGCGCGCAGUUGCUAUACAGCACUUCUACCCAACUGCCAUCACUGUCGUCUUUGUUGUGGCUUUUGUUACAGUUCUCAUGAACUUCCUCUUGUGGGAUGAAAGAGCCGAAGAUGCAGAGUAUGAGAAUGGUGGUGAUAAUUUGCCAUUGACAGUACAUGCGAUCGAGACUGGUCACAUGCUAGAUGUUGUCAAGCUUACUGGAAGUCGACAAGGUCAUAUGCUGUCUGUUGGUCUGGAUCGUACGAUUUCUAUCCUGUUGUUCAAGCCAGUGAGCAAUUCUUACACGACAAUACAUCCGUCGCCGGAACAGUGUAGGCAGAUCAAGUGGCCUAUACGCGCGUGCAGCAUCAGCGACAAGGGCGAUUGGAUGGCCAUGCUAGGUGACGACGGUCGAGUAUUGCUCGGAAGCUUGUCGAGAGGCGAGUUCACACACGAUUUUGAGAUUGACAGUGAAGAAAAGCUGCCACUUCUCUUCGAGUUUGUGCCUUCGCCAUCAACACCCAACGGCCAAGGGGUCUCUUUUGCUGUCAUCUCUGCCGAUGGACGACUGACAGAUUGCGGCGGUAUGACAGCAGAAAGCCUCUCGCUCGUCUUCACCGACAUCGAAACGCGAGAAUGCGUCGUCCGCACCUAUGCCGCGCAAGGCGAGCCCUUUAAGCCUCUGGGUCUCUUCACCGAAGAUCUAGUCUGCAACUGUGCUGCCAAAUUCCAUUGGGAGAAAAACGAGCAUAGGUUACUGGACGCUGGGUCUUGGGAGUCGACUACAGAAGCCGUGGUAGGACUGAGAAGAAAACCGCAGAGUCCACCAUCUUCUCCUGUUGUGUUGCCGAGAGAUGGCGGCAAUUUAUUGAGGAGGAGGAGAAGAGGUACUGGUGCUAGUGAGGGAGAGGGAGAUGAGAGCGAGCAGUGGGAAGCAUAUCUAUACUCUGCGUCUGGAGAGCUGCAUACGGUGCCCAUCGAUAUGUCUGGAGAAAACCAGUUGUAUGCAACGAGAGCUGGUCCGGCGUGUCAGCUUGGCUAUCGGUCUGUGGCUAUUGUGUUGGGAAGUACGGUGUAUGUGGUCAAGGUGUGGGAUAAUUGGGCAGACAAGGGUGCCAAAGGAGUUUCGGAAGGAGGGUCACAGCCACUGCUCUCACGAAGACGGUGGACUAGAAAGGCGCAGUAG